GCAUCUUGGCUGCGGUGUUUUUGUCUCUCUGUCAGUGAGCGCUCCUGGGCCGAGGCGGCUGAAAGGAUUUCUAGAGGGCAGGUGCUGACUGUUAGAGCUCAAGAGAAGGAAGGGAGAGCAAGGAGCCUGGGGAGGAGAGAUCCAGUCCCCGCGGUGCAAGCAGCUGGUGAGAGUUUGUGGGUGACUGUUUGAAUAGCAGCCACAGGCUCAUUAUGGCUCAGGUGCUGCAUAUGGACCCCGGCUUCCCAGGGAAACUCAACCCGCCUGCUCCCCCUUCCCUGCACGGCAAAGAACAGGAGGCGCCCUACUCAGUGGAGACCCCCUAUGGUUACCGUCUGGACCUAGACUUCCUCAAGUAUGUCAACGACAUAGAGAAAGGAAACACCAUCAAGAAGGUGCCUAUCCAACGCCGGCCGCGCUAUGGCUCCCUGCCCCGUGGCUAUGGCUAUACUGGCUCCUGGUGGACCUCCACAGAGUCCCUGUGCUCCAACACCAGCAUGGACAGCCGACACUCCUCCUUCUCUUACUGUGCUCCGGGCUACCACACGUCGCAGAGGCCAAACUUCAGCACUGCCCGGGUGGAGAAGACCCUGUUGGAUGCACGCAGGAAGCUGGAGGAGGAGAAAGAGGGACGGAGAUUCUCUAACCUUGGCAGCAUGCACAGCAGCGUAGCAGGCUCAAACACCUCUCUCAGCAGUGCGCACAGCUUCAACCGAGCCCAUGGUGGAGGUGGAUCCUUCACCCCUUUGAGUUCUGGCCUGUCCACACCAGUGACCCCAACACCAGCCCACCUGCAGCAUGUCAGGGAGCAGAUGGCUGCGGCCCUGAGGAAGAUAAGAGAGCUGGAGGAGCAGGUGAAGACCAUCCCUGUGCUGCAGGUCAAAAUCUCUGUGCUGCAGGAGGAGAAACGGCAGCUCAGCGUCCAGCUAAAGAGCCAGAAGUUCCUGGGUCAUAGUCUGGGAUUCAACCGAGGUCGUUCCCGAGGAGAGCUCUACAUUGACAUUCCUGAAGAAGAGGUGAGCACUGGAGCUAAGAGCAGCAACAAGCCAGCAGGACCUCUGUCUCCCACCACACCUGAGGGCUCCAAGCUUCAGGAUUCAGGGUGUGAGAUUGAGGACACAGUGAUUGUGGGUGGAGCACGACCAGAUGCAAAGAGGGAAGUGCGGACCAUAGGAGUGGGACCAGAGGUCUUGAAAGGCAGUCGUCAGGUGGGAGUCGGGGUUCGGGAGGAGGACCUGGGGCUACUGCCAGAGACAGAGGCUCUCAGGAAUCAAGUGGGUCAACUUGAGGGCCAGCUAAAGAGGACGGUGCAGGAGUUGCACGAUGCACAGCAGCAGGUCGCAGCAGUCCAGAAGGCGCCUCAGGCAGAGCAUCCGGUCAUGGCUACCAGCAUGGGCUGGCAGGAACCACAAGGCUGCAGCCUGCACACUCUGGUCAGCUUCACACAGCUGCCCCAGCAGAAAGAACAGAGAACUGUGGGAAUCCAGGUGUACACACUGGAGCAGCCCACUGUGGUGGAGGUGGGCACUCUGCUCCGAGCAGAGAUGUGCAGCUCCCCGUCCAUUCAGCCAGCUGCUGGAGUUGUGGAGGGCCACCACAGAGGACAAGCCGAAGAUGUUCCAGUUGAGUUGCCGAUCGCAGUCAGCUCCAAGCAGGUGCGCGAUGUCCUCAAGAGCGAGUUGUCCACUUCGGUACCUGUAGCUAGCCCUGCCAUCGCCAUCAGCACGUUGGGUAAUCAGAUUAGUUUGUUGCCCGCAAAAGAAGAAGACACGCACUUGCAUGCACCCACAGAGGCUGUGCAGUCACAAGAAGGACCUAAAACAGCCUCAUCUCCCCAGUCUUCUCUGAGGUCCAUUAUGAAGCGGAAAGCAGAAGGUGAACCAGGAUCUCCCUCCACAAAGAAGAACCUACAGUUCAUUGGAGUCAAUGGAGGCUACGAGUCCACAUCAUCAGACGACAGCAGCAGCGAGAGCUCAGACGAGGGGAGCGACUCCAGUGAGUAUCACGAAGCCAGAGAAAAACUGCCAGAGUACGCAAUCCAGCACCAGCAAAUAACCCACAGCAAAGCUUCCCAGCCUCCAGAAAGCAACAGCGUACCUCAACAGACUGCCGUCAAACCACCAGCCGUCAUUCCAGACUCGCAGCAGAGUCCCAACCAGCCUGCAAUUGUAGACACAAGACUGCCAGACAAAGCCCCCGAGUCACCAGCACCGGCCUCCGACUCCGCUCUUACUCCUCCAUGUCCAGCAAAAGACGCCGCCUCUAAAGAGAGCGUUGACCUGUCAUCGGAAAAACUCGCAGUCACACAGGAGAUCACCUCCACGUCAUCAAGCACUGAAUCCGCUUCUGAUCAAAGCUCCAUAACGUCCUCAGUUACCAGCUCUUCAUCGCUGUGUGUCACUAAAACCACUGAGCAAACAUACACCGUCCUGUCAGAAACAACCGUCCCCUCCAGCCAAUCAGAGCCAAAGCCAGCAGCUGAAAGCAUCACACACGACACUGCCACAGCAUCGACCAAGCAAAUCAGAGUGGACCUGAGUGACAGCUUGAUGUCGGCUCUUCAUGCCCUGCAGAAAGCCCUGGGGGAACCCAAUGCCUUCAGCCAGCAGGGAGCAAGGGCAGCCUACACCACCGUGCUGCAGGAGUGGCUGCGUGUGUCCUGUCACAAAGCAGCGGACACGGCUGUUGUCAAGGCCUAUAUGAACACCUUCGCCUCAGUUUCCCCUCAGCUGCUGGAGUUUGUGAUCAACAUGGCAGACGGCAACGGGAACACGGCGCUUCACUACACCGUCUCCCACUCCAAUUUCCCUGUGGUGAAACUGCUGCUGGACACUGGCCUGUGUAAUGCUGACAAGCAGAACAAGGCGGGCUACACGGCCAUCAUGCUGACAGCUCUGGCCGCCUUCCACUCUGACAGUGACCUUGAAACCGUCCUGCAGCUGCUGCGCACUGGGGACGUCAACGCCAAGGCCAGCCAGGCCGGUCAGACGGCGUUGAUGCUAGCGGUCAGCCACGGUCGAGGGGACAUGGUGCGGGCGCUUCUGUCCUGCGGGGCACAGGUCAACAUCCGUGAUGACGACGGCUCCACAGCACUCAUGUGUGCCUGCGAACACGGUCACGUGGACAUUGUGCGUCAGCUGCUGUCUGUGCCGGGCUGUGAUGCCACUCUCACUGACAAUGACGGCAGCACUGCUCUGUCCAUAGCACUGGAGGCCAGCCAGAACGACAUUGCUGUGCUUCUGUAUGCUCACCUCAACUUUGCGAAGCCUCCUUCUCCUGUUUCCCCAAAGUCUCCUCUCUUGGGUUCCUCUCCUCCUGCCGGUGAAACAAAAUAAUGGCCUACUACAGCGGAUCCACAGUAACUACUCAUAUUACAGUGUGAUUUUUUUUUUUUUUUAUUUUCAUCUGUGUAAUUAAGAGCAACAAUGAACUUGUGUGUGUUUUGUUCUCACCCUCUAUAAUUUAAGUACAUUAUAAUGUGCAGAUAAUUACAUGACAGCUUGCACCAUUGUUAUCCACUGCUUUUUGUACACUGUGGUUAUUUUUAAAUCACAGUGUUGGUUGUGUGGUAGAAUAGCUGAACAUCUAGCAGCUGUACAGACAUCAAUCCAGUCUUGCAGUGAUCCAAGUUGUUGACACUGUUUUUAGCGGCACUUACAAGUCAAAACUGUUCACAAAAUUUCAUUUUACAGUUCAUUAUUAUACACGUGUUGUUUUAUUCCAUAUGAAUCUCAUGUUAGUUGCUUUACAGAGCGAUGUGUUUUCAUUGUAAUGUGUACAAUAGCUCUUCCACAGUAGCAUCGUUACGUGUGUGACCAUCACUUGGAAUAACAAAAGCCACCCCUCUCAUGGAAAAGUGUCCUUGCAUCAAGUAGCUCAUUGGUGCUACAAAAAUCUUAUACAGAAACACAACUUCAACAGUAGACCAAUAUUUAUACACAAGAUUUAUUUACUCCUAGAGUACUAGAGUAUUUUUGAUAUUGAUUUUUUUUAAAAUUCUGACUUAAUUCAGGACCUCCAAGGAUCACGGUUUUUAUUUCCCGGGCUGACUUUUAUGUGUCGACCACCUUUCCCAAAAUAAACCCAAAGAUGUAUCUCUCCUAUCAGCUCUGUGACACUGUAUAUGUGUGGUGAUGAUAUUAGCACAGGCCUAGCAUCAGCGUGAUGGAAGACAGAAGUCAGCAUUAUUCUCUGAAGGCUACGGUACUAUGGUCUUUGUAUUUUUAUACGUGAAGGUAUUUCUGAUGGUAGCGGGGAAAGAUUAGAGAGUAUCUGUGUUUGUAAUAUUCUGUGCUUUAAGAUUUAACGAGACUUUGUCAAGAUGACUGAGAGUACUGGUGUAGCCACCUCCACUGUGGUCGUGCUAGUAAGAUUUGUCAGGGAACCAGAAAGUGACUGAUUGGGGUCUUUAAAGGACGUGCCGUGUAAGAUGUGAAUAUCAGAAUAAUAUAUGUCAAUAUAAACUGGUAGUUAUUAUGCCUACAAUCAAAUUCCUUGAACAAAAGUGCAUAGGCUAUUGAUGUCAAAAGUUUCUAUUACUUUUUAAAGAUUUUUUCACAAUUUUUCAUAUUCACUUUUAAGCAACUGAAUUUUUAUAAACGAUUUUUUUUUUUAAUUUAAGUACCUAUCUUUUUAUACAUUUAGAGUUUUUAAGCUCACACCUACUUUAUGUAAUCGCACAGCUCUUUAGUUUAUGUUUGAUGAAGGUUUAUGUAAAAUUCUAGACUUUGUUUCUCCUCUUCUAAUUUGUGCAUUUUUUUGGAAAAACAAUGAAUUAAUAAAUGUGGACCACACUGUUUCUAUUGCA